AUGACCGCCGAGCGCCCGCUGCCCGCGGGGCCGCCGCCGCCGCCGAGGGCAGAGCCGGCCCCGCCGCUGGACGGGGAGGCGGCGGGGCCGCGGGGCGGGCGGCGGCGGCGGCGGGCGGCGGAGCGGGGCAAGCCGCCCUACAGCUACAUCGCCCUGAUCGCCAUGGCCAUCGGGCAGGCGCCCGAGCGCCGGCUCACGCUCGGCGGCAUCUACCGGUUCAUCACCGAGCGCUUCCCCUUCUAUCGCGACAGCCCCCGCAAGUGGCAGAACAGCAUCCGUCACAACCUCACGCUCAACGACUGCUUCGUCAAGGUGCCGCGGGAGCCCGGCCGCCCCGGCAAGGGCAACUACUGGACGCUGGACCCGCACGCCCGCGACAUGUUCGAGAGCGGCUCUUUCCUCCGCCGCAGAAAGCGCUUCAAGCGCAGCGACCUCUCCACCUACCCCGCCUUCCUCGCCGAGCGCCCCGCCGCUCCCUGCCGCCUCUACCCGCCCGCCGAGCUGCCCGCCGCCUCCUCCUGCGCCUUGGCCGCCGCUUUCCCCGCUCAGGGCUGCCCCCCGCCCGCCCUGCCCCACGCCUUCGCCGCGCUGCCCGCCGCCCCCCCGCUGCCGGGCGCCGCCGCCCCGCUGUACGCGCCGUCGGGGCGCACCGCACCGCCCGCGCUGUACCCGCUGCCGCAGGGCUACGGCGCCGCGGGACAGCCCGCACCGCGCCACCCCGCCUACCCCGACACCUUCGUCCCAGCGCUCUGACACGACAGCCCCGACGGUCCGGGUAGCCGCGGCUGCCCAGGAGGAUGCUGGAGGACUUCGGGUUGCGCCUCUGCAUCCUGACGCUUCCCGAGGCUUCCAGGCGAGGAGCGCCGCAGCCAGCACAGUCCAGCCCCUGUCGGAGAAGCCCUAGGGCUCCCAAGUGCCUGGAUGGGGCAAACGGCGCUUUCCUCUUCUACUGCCUUUCCUGAGAUGAGCGCUCAAAGCCUCCCGGCAGGCCUCCUCCCUCCCAGCGCAUCUGACUGCUCCCCCCCUCCCCGUUCUAUCCAGGAAGAUCCUGCUUUUAAAAAACUCUGUUGUUGAUGAUUCGGUUUACAGAACAAUAUGACUGCUGGGGUGAGGGAGGAGGGAAGCAAGAGGAACAUUCCGCAGCCUCAUGCAGCCAAAUCUGUAAAAGCAGGAUGCAUGGCACUAGCGCGAUGGCCUGUCCCUGAUAUCGUGUGGGGCUAUCACAUUAGUGCCAGGCUUCACACCCGCAAUGUGAUCUGGGACAGGGAAGGUUUGGAUUCUGGGCUUGCAGCUGAACACAGCAAGUCAUCCCUCCGGGAGUCGUGCUGUGUGCUGCGAGGGUGGGAAAAUGGUGAGAUUAUAGGUGUAAAAACUUUUGCGAUGACCAUGCUCGGCCCGUGGGAGAGGGACCCAGCAAGUCUGUGAGAUCUCUGUCCUUGGAGUUCUUCCCAAUUUGAUUGGACAGAACCCGAGUGACCUGAUGUGCCUUUGGAGUUGGAUCCAACAUUGAAUUUGGACCUGGUUUCAGUAGUCUACUUGGUCUGUGGAGGUCCUUACAUCCUAAAUUACUCUGUCUGUAGCCUAGAGAAAUCAGCAUCUAUGGGAGAAGACUUUCCUUCCUGAAAGGAGUGAGAGAGGCAGAACAAUGAUGCUUUUUCGUCUUUUGAUUGGUCCCCUUUCAAGCUUUCCUAGGAUGGAAAAAAGGCUGGAGGAAAACAUGGGGAGAGAACAACUGUUAAGAGUGGCUGUUAAAAGCAAAAGCUUGAAAACAGAUCCAUGGAGAAACAUAAUCAAGUCCCUCCCAAACGAUCCAUGAAGAAACUUAACCAAGUCCCUCCCAACAGGUCCCAAUACCCCUGCAAAAGGCCCAGAUAGAUGCCCAGAGCAGAGAGGCAGCAGACGUAGCCCUGCUGCUGUCCAGAUCCCCUUUUCCAGCUCUUUUUUCCAGUGGAAGUAGGAGCCGGUGUCACCAGGGCUAGGAGGAGGUUGGUCAGAGGGGUACUGCAGGGUGGUGGUACCUUGAGUGGGGAGAGGUGGUUGAAAAGUGCAGCCAGAGCCUCAGCAGGAGCUUUCAAAGAGCAGAGAGGAUGCACAUACAUCAAGUCCUUUCUCUUCCCCAAAAGGAUACAGAUCAUAGUAUAACUCAGGCUGGAAGCGACCUUGGGAAGUUUCUGUUCUGACCUUGUGCUUGAAGCUGGGCCAGCGGUGAGUCAGCCCAGGUUGCUCAGGGCUAUCUAGUUGAGUCUCGACAACCUCUGAGGAUGGAGACAGCACGGUCUGUUUGGGCAACUUGACUGCCCUCACCGGACAAGUUUCUCCUUGUAUCCAUUCAACACCUUUCUAGUCACAUUUCAUGCCUACUGUCUCUUGUCCUGCUGCUAUGCAGUGUUGCAAAGAGAAGUCCCCUCUUGUCCCCUGAAGAUACCUGUACUAUCUGCUUCACAGAGGAUUUUCAGAUGAGGCCCUCAGGAGGAUGAAAUUUGUGUAGAGGCAGGUUUCUUGCCUCUUCUAGGUGCUAAGGUCCAGGUAUCCAACUGGGACAUGAGAGGAAAGAAAUGGAGUGGAGCAGUAAGGUGGUCAGGUGUCCCCAUUGUUUAGGGUGGAGAAGGCUCAAGCCCUCUGCAGUAGGUGGACAGGAGAAGUUGUACAUCUGCCUUCCAUGGGGCUCUGAGGAAAGAGAUGAGUGUUGGGUUCAAGGCACCCAUCCCUCUCUCAGAGCAGUCGGGACAUCUUGUGAUGGGUGAGCCACCUUGUGAGCUGGGAGGCUGGGGCUGGCCUGGACCUGCUACCCCUUGUCCAUCUGGACUUUUCUGUGGUACUGCUGGAAACUGCUGCCUGUACACAGAUCUAGGGAUGUUGUGUUGUGAUCAGUGCGAGGCACAGAUGGUGAGUGUGGACACCAUUCAAAUCUUUGUGCUGGUGAGGUGAAUCACAUUUUUCCCUUGCUUGCUUUCCCUCAUGAAGAGCUGUAUUGUCUCUUUUGAUGUCCUUCCUGGUCCUGGUGUGUCCAGAAUCUGCUUCCAUCCUGGAGACAGCAGAGCCCUGCCUCUGUGGCUUGGCUGCCUUAGUGCAGGGCAGGUCUCCUUGGCAGCUGUGCUAGCUCCUCUCCCAACAUCUCCUUUCACCAGCUGGAGGAGAAGCUGUAAACCUGGCUGUGGCGGCUCUUAGAUUUUUGACAGAUGCCUGCUGGCUCUCUGCUUUUAUUGCUUGCAAGGACUGCACUGCGUCCCUUUGAUAGCAAGUUGCGCCUGGGCUCGCCUUUUUCUGGUUUUGGGGGUAGCUGAGAGAGGAAUUGUCCUGCCUCUGAAUGCCUUUCUUCUUGUAGAAGCAGUUAUCAAUGUAAACUGGAUAUGAAAUGUUUUCCUGAGCCUAGAGGCCGCCUGGCCCUCGUUCCUCAUUACUUCAGCGUGGAUGUAUUCUGUGCUCCAGCCCUGGUGCUGGUUCAAUCUGAAAAAAAAACCAAAGGAUCACCUGUAAUGAUACAGGUCUUGUGUAAGCUGCUCCUGACCUCAGACAGCAUCUGUAGCAAGUUCAGGGAACAAAACUCAGUGUCUGGAGAAUGUGCAUGAUAGAUCUGGAUGACUCAGAAGGCACAAAUUCGGAAGGUUCAGUUGUGCAUUGUUUGCAGAUAAGGUCCAGGUGAUUGUUCUUAAUUCACUUCAGUUCUUUUAUAUGUACAAGCCAGCGAAACCAGACAUAGCUAGGUAGUAUACUUUCUGCAGUGAUGAGCCUGUUGCAUUGAGGAUCUGAGACACAUGUCCACAAACUGCUUACAGUUCAGCAACAAGUAGCUGGAAACUAUGCACAGGAGCUUUGUGUUCACUGAAGAGCUACAUGAACCCUAUGUCUGUGUUGGGACUCUGUCCUUUGGGGUUUUUGAGAUGAAGAUAGACAAAGCUAUGCCUGCCCAGUGCUAAUGCUGACAAUAUUCCAGCCUUUUGAUUGCAGCAGGCUUGGAGACUCCAGAGGUCCCUUCCCACCAGCACUGCUGCAGUUUUGUGGCUAUUGCAACCUCUCUGAGCUGUUGUGUAGGCUCAGACACAAAGGGUAUGCUGUACACUACAGGUCUGUCCAGGCUGUGCCUCGUGGCAGUGGGAUGUGCUGACCCAUGUCUCAUGUGACUGUGUGACCACUACAGAGGAAGAUAUGGUUGUCACAUCCUUGGGGAGCUGUGGAGUUGGGCCUGUCUGUGGGGAUAUGGGGAUAUGCUGUGGGGAUAUAUUAGACAGUUGGCUCUCAAUGUAUGCUUGUGCCAUGGGGAUAUGUUAAACAUUUGGAUCUCAACAUAUUUUUGUCUGGCACUUUGCUUGUAAUUCUCAGGCACUAUCCAUAAUAAGGAAAUUUUUAAUUUCUGGAAGCUUUGCAGUCAAUACAUGAGGGCCUUCCUUUUUGCAAAGUUAGUCUAAGUUUCAAACUGAUCUUUUGAUUUCUGGGAGCUGAGUCCAAUAGGUUAGAACCCUGUAGGAAUACUGAGAAUAAGCAGCGAUGAGAAAAGAGAAGGGCCUUGAAAGUGCUCAUUCCUCAAAGGACUUAGCCUCUAGGUUCCUGUUCUGCCGAAGUUCUGACAUAGUCAGGCCCUGCAUUGACUUUGAGAAAGAGGUGGAUUGUUACAGCCUAGGAUAACAUUUUAUUAUGUACUGGAGAUUUUUUGUAUUUACUC